AUGCCGUCCAAAAUUCUCAUUCUCGACGGUGGCCUCGGCACAUCUCUCGAGUCCAAAUACUCCAUCACAUUCUCCCGCUCAACGCCGCUUUGGUCCUCUCAUCUGCUCGUCUCAGACCAGCCGACGCUGGAAUCAUGCCAGUCCGAUUUCGGCGCCGUGCCUGUGGAUGUGCUCCUCACGGCAACGUAUCAGGUCUCGCUGCAUGGCUUUGCUGAUACGCGCACUGAGGAUUUCCCCCAGGGUAUCCCCCGUGAGACUGUUCCGCGCUUCCUGGAUGAUGCUGUUGGUAUUGCCCAGCGUGCUGUGGGAGAUAAGGGCUGUGUCGCUUUGAGUAUUGGGCCGUAUGGGGCUUGCAUGAUUCCUGGGCAGGAGUACAGCGGGAAAUAUGACGAAAAGCAUGAUUCUUUGGAGGACUUGGAGGCAUGGCAUCGCGAGCGCUUGGGUGUGUUCGCCGAGGUUUCUGAUGUACAGAAGCGAGUUGGUUAUGUUGCGUUGGAGACUAUUCCCCGCGUGGACGAAAUCAUCGCCAUGCGCAAGGCGCUCGCUACUACACCAGCGCUGUCCCAUCUACCAUACUGGACAGCCUGUCUCUCUCCGGAAAAGGAUCUGCUCAUGCCUGACGGCAACACCAUCGAAGCCGCGGUCAAGGCCAUGCUGGAUCCUGAGAUCUCAACCAAUCUCCCAUGGGGCAUCGGCAUCAACUGCACCAAGGUCGACAAACUAGAUCAACUCCUGCAGAUUUUUGAACAGACUGUCUCUGCUAUGGUCAAGGAGGGCAAGAUAUCUGAGUGGCCUGCUCUUGUUCUGUAUCCCGAUGGCACAAACGGAGAGGUGUACAACACUACUACACAAAAGUGGGAAUUGCCAGAUGGCGCUGAGGGCCAAAGACGCUCGUCCUGGGAAGGCCAGCUUGAGGAAGUUGUCAAGGCUACGGAGGAACGAGGACAGUGGCCUGCUAUCUUGGUCGGCGGGUGCUGCAGGGCUGGUAGUGAGGACAUCAAGAAACUUCGCGACCGUCUUGUUCAAUAG